ACCUGGAGCCCGCGCAUCCGGGCAAGGGGUGAUGACGUCGUCCCUCCAGCGCGAUGGCGCCGCGGCGGCGGAGAUCAGGCUGUGGAAGGCGAGUGCUAAAUGAAACCAAGAAAGUUAAUAAUGGCAACAAAACAGCCGAAGACUCUCCUCCUCCUGGCAAGAAAUCGCGCACAUGCCAGAGAAAGGGGCCUACAGCUGGAGGGAAGGGCGCAGACAAGACAAAAGGUAAACAAGACUCUGUGAAGACCUUGCUGUUAAAGGGCAAAGCUCCUGUGGACCCCGAGUGUACAGCCAAGGUGGGAAAGGCUCAUGUGUAUUGUGAAGGAGAUGAUGUCUAUGAUGUCAUGCUAAAUCAAACCAAUCUCCAGUUCAACAACAACAAGUACUACCUUAUUCAGCUGUUAGAAGAUGACGCCCAGAAGAACUUCAGUGUUUGGAUGAGGUGGGGCCGAGUUGGGAAAACGGGGCAGCACAGCCUGGUGGCUUGUUCCGGUGACCUCAACAAAGCAAAAGAAAUAUUUCAGAAAAAAUUCCUUGACAAAACUAAAAACAAUUGGGAGGAUCGUGAGAACUUUGAGAAAGUACCUGGAAAAUACGACUUGUUACAGGUGGACUAUGCGGCCAGCACACAGGAUGAGAGUAAAACAAAACAGGAGGAAACUUUGAAGCCCGAGUCUCAGCUGGAUCUUCGAGUCCAGGAGCUGCUAAAGUUGAUCUGUAACGUGCAGACCAUGGAAGAGAUGAUGAUUGAGAUGAAGUACGACACCAAGAGAGCCCCGCUUGGAAAGCUGACAGCGGCGCAGAUCAAGGCAGGUUACCAGUCUCUCAAGAAGAUUGAGGAUUGUAUCCGUGCCGGCCAGCAUGGGCGAGCGCUUGUUGAAGCGUGCAAUGAGUUCUACACCAGGAUCCCUCAUGACUUUGGACUCUCCGUCCCUCCAGUGAUCCGCACAGAGAAGGAACUGUCAGACAAAGUAAAACUGCUAGAGGCAUUGGGAGACAUUGAAAUUGCCCUUAAACUGGUGAAGUCAGAGCGCCCAGGCCUGGAACACCCGCUGGACCAACACUAUAAAAGCCUACACUGUGCUCUGCGUCCUCUGGACCAUGGAAGUAACGAGUUUAAAGUGAUUUCUCAGUACCUGCAGUCUACCCAUGCUCCUACACACAAGGACUAUACUAUGACCUUGCUGGAUGUAUUCGAAGUAGAGAAGGAAGGGGAGAAAGAGGCCUUCAGAAAGGACCUUCCCAACAGGAUGCUGCUCUGGCAUGGAUCCAGACUGAGUAACUGGGUGGGGAUCCUGAGCCAUGGGCUCAGAGUUGCCCCACCGGAGGCUCCCAUCACAGGUUAUAUGUUUGGGAAAGGAAUCUACUUUGCUGACAUGUCCUCCAAGAGUGCCAAUUACUGCUUUGCCUCUCGCCUAAAGAAUACAGGGUUGCUUCUUCUGUCAGAGGUAGCUCUAGGUCAGUGUAACGAACUCCUGGAGGCCAAUCCCAAGGCCGAAGAAUUGCUUCAGGGCAAGCACAGCACCAAGGGAAUGGGAAAGAUGGCUCCCAGCCCUGCCCACUUUGUCACCCUGAAUGGGAGUACAGUGCCCUUAGGACCAGCAAGUGACACAGGAAUUCUCAAUCCAGAGGGGUACACCCUCAACUACAAUGAGUUUAUUGUUUAUAACCCCAAUCAGGUCCACAUGCGAUACCUUCUAAAGAUUCAAUUUAACUUUCUGCAGCUGUGGUGAAUGUUGAUCAAACAAGCCAGAGAGAAUAUAAUCUUCAAACAAAAACCACACAAUAGUAUGUUCUUGAACUUUUUGAUAUUUUGUUUAAUAAAAUGGUAUAAAUCUA